AUGACCGCAGGCGCAGGAGCAGGGCAAGCCAUCGAAGAUGGGUACAUUCUUGAAGACGGGUACAUUCUCGGUCGAGAACUGCGAGACUAUCUCAGGUCUCGCAGUCACAGGGGCAAGGGUCUUGAAAGAUGGAUGCAGUUGUAUCAGAAUGUCCGUCUUCCGCGAGCGGACGGCUGCCCUCACACCCACCAGCGAAACGGUCGGCAAGGACGAAUUGGGACGAAAUAUGGGGUUUUGCAGCUUCGACAUGAACCUCGCUGUGGUGCCAUCUCGCUGAUGGGAGGAGUAUCGUUAGAGCAUCGUGGGUACGGCGCAGUCUAUGGUGUUGUGUUCGGCCUUCUCUCACUGGACCUCAUUGGCGACUUGCGAUCUCGGAGAGGAGCGUUACGACAGAGUCUGGAAAGACCCGAGGACGAGGGCUACUGGCAGAAUCGCUGUUGGAGAUCACGGUACACCUGUAUCGUUGCCUCGCCUACGAAGUCGGACAUUUCUGAACUGGAGCUCGCCUUCUCAAACAUUCAGGACCUGGAAGAGACAGCUCAAGUGGACAUUUUGGAGAAUCGAGGCCCCAGUGAGAGAUCCCAUAAGCUACGACAGAGGAUACUGAUACUUCGAGACCUUCGUCUCCAGGUCGCACUCUGA